AUGACUUUUAGCAACAGUUCUACGAGUAGCAUAAGUUUAGAUAUAAAUCAAGAUACAAGUGAUGAAGAGAAAACAAGUGGUAAUAAAACAGAUAUUUUAAGUAAUACUGAUAAUAGUGAAAAUAAAGAAGCCAUAAAUGUUUAUAAUGUUAAUAAUAUCCAAUAG